AACGCAGUAAACAAACCAGUGUUUGCCAAGUAUUAGCAUAUCUCAAAAGACAAUUGUCCUAUUUCUUAACAUGCAGUUAGAACUCAGCUUCUAUCAGAAUGUCGGUUGUCUUCGGAAAAUCGACCAGCAAUGAGACUUGUGCUCGCCUUGUUGAAGCCCCCAGGUUGCAAUGACCAUAUGUCCCGUGUGUUGGCCCAGGAGCCGUGCAGUUCCCUAUUGGGCAGAGGAUGUCUUCUCCACCCUAUGUGUUCUGUCAGUCCACUGGUUCACUAGUUCACCGUGUCAAUCCACGCUGCUUCGCGCAGGCAGCGAGAAGCAGAAAGGCAUCUAGACGGUAGAGGUGGAAGCUUUCGCCUGCUGGUUACUGCUGACUCUGACGAGCCACACGCCGAGAAGUGGAGUCCGAAAUUCUGCAGAUUGUGGAAAAACGGUGCACUAAAGACCAUUCAUUUAAGGACGUCUAAGUAGCUUGCGCGUUCUAGUAACGUCUCUGGCCAAACACGCGCGAUUUCCCCCUAUACAAAUUGUCGAAUUUAUAUACAUUUCUUUUUUUAAUUACUUGUUUUAAAAUAUUUGAUCGUAAGACCUUUAGUACACCAAGAAGUCUAAGUUUUCGUUCUCGUCGUCCUAAACCCUCAGAAACUGUUGCGGAAAAAUACAUUCCGUGACUUGUUCGUCUGUUCCAUGGGCGUCUUGAACAAAUAUUCCAAAACCAGGGCCAUUUUCGUUGAAGAGACUGAAGGAAUGCUGGAAGUCAGUUCCUUCGAGUUAUCUGGAGGCUGUAUCCUUGCAUAAAAUCUAGACGUGACAGACGUUAUCUCGGUCAGCUUCCAAGAGGCCGUUGGAAAAAGACCGUCACGUGACAUCGGGUGCCAAUGUUCUUCCAGAAGGUCGUCAGGACCCUGGUAGCCGGUAACGUGAAUUUUGGAAAUGCAGAAAACCACCUACUACGACAACUCAACACUAUUCGGAGGUUACUCGUAUCAGGGGGCCAAUGGCUUCAGUUAUGAGGCCCAGCCUGCGGCUUUCCCGAGCUCGGCACACCUCGAUGGUGAUUAUCAGAGGUCUGCCUGCUCACUGCAGUCGCUAGGCACCAGCGCACCCACACAAUCACAGCACGCCAAGACAAAAGAGCUCAAUGGCAGCUGUAUGCGUCCAAGUCUUCCAUCUGAACACCACCAACCUCCCCAGGUUUCUCCUCCUCAAAAUCCUGUGAACCCAACUGGAUCUAGUGCCUCCCAGCAGCCAGGUGGUAGUGGCAGUGGUGGGGCUGGCGGAGGAGGUACCACCAAAUCCUCCACCAAAUCGUCCACACUUGCCCAAAAUCCAACCAUCACCAAGCAAAUCUUCCCCUGGAUGAAAGAGUCACGUCAGAACACCAAGCAAAAAAACAGCUCCCCCAGCGCAAGCUCAGCUAAUGCGGAGAGCAGUGGCGGCGAGAAAAGCCCUCCGGGUUCCGCAGCUUCCAAAAGAGCGCGCACAGCCUACACGAGCGCACAGCUUGUGGAACUUGAGAAGGAGUUCCAUUUCAAUCGGUACCUGUGUCGGCCUCGACGCGUAGAGAUGGCUAAUCUUCUCAACCUUAGCGAAAGGCAGAUCAAGAUCUGGUUCCAAAACCGGCGCAUGAAGUAUAAGAAGGAUCAAAAGUCGAAAGGCAUGGGCUCCUCCUCAGGGGGGCCAUCCCCAACCGGAAGCCCACCGCUGCCAAUGCAGUCCUCAGCCGGUUUUAUGAACUCCAUGCACUCAAUGGGGAGCUAUGAUGCACCGUCACCGCCAUCUUUCAACAAGCCUCAUCAAAACGCGUAUGCCAUGUCAUCAUCCUAUCAAAAUUCCAUGAAAGGUUGUCCCUCGCAACAGAAAUAUGGCAACACAGGACCAGAUUAUGACCCACAUGGGCUACAGGGUAGCAGUGGCAACUAUGGGACCCCUAAUAUGCAGGGUAGCCCCGUGUACGUAGGAGGGAACUAUGUGGAUGCCAUGCCGGCCACUGGGCCCUCUAUGUACAGCCUCAACCACCUGCCACACCACCAACCUGCCAGCAUGGACUACAACGGUGCCACACAGAUGUCGGCUAACCAGCACCAUGGACCGUGCGAUACACACCCGACAUACACAGAUCUGUCAGCGCACCAUCCUUCUCAGGGUAGAAUUCAAGAAGCACCCAAGUUGACACAUCUGUAACAGGUUUGGGAAAAAAAACAGAAAUUAAAAUAGAAGAAGAAAACAAACAAGCAAACACGAACCCAGGGGACGAUGCAAUGGGGUUGAAAAAGAUGAUCCAGUGGUUUCUUGCCAUUUCAGUCACAGCAGUUGGUGUUGAUGUUGUCCUUACAUUCGCCCGUGAUCACCUUCAUUUGUUCAGACAUCUUACAAUCAGUUCUGUAUGCAUAGCUCUGAAAGCCCUACUAAAAACAAAAAUUAUGAAUAGUGGGUAAGUGUGGAUAGUGUAUGCCAAUUAAUAGAUAAUUUUUCUGUAUGACCUUGUGUGACUCCCUUUUACGGCAUCCUUGGCAUGUGUGUAUUAUGUCAGCCUACCGCCGGGUUCUUUACUGUAAAAACUGCUUGAGGGUGGAGCGUAGAAAACUCUUGAAACCGGCGUUAGGAAACCACUGGAUUGUUUUUGUUCGCUUCCCUUUUUCCACAUCCCUCUUUUUGUUUAACCGAUUCGCUAAACUGUCAUUUCCCCCCCCAAUCAUCUGCCUCAAGCCAUCAACAUGAAAGCGUGUACGUAAUAACUUUACGUAUAAUAAUGCUUCAAUAUACACUUUUUUUCGGAUUGAUAAGUUAAAUAUUGUUUUCGCACUCAGCCGCAUAGGGCCUCCUCCCGUAAACCGACGAUAAUUGGGCAAUACUUAUCAAAUUGAUACAGGGUAAAGAAAGGCCAUUUGAGAAUUUAGUCAAUACAAUAUGCUCCUACAUUUCUCAAAAUGGUUGUGCCCCUCCCUCGUCCUCGUCCAUUCCUUGCUUUCCUCUCUCUCUCUCUCUCUCUCUCUCUCUCUCUUUCUCCAUUGAGUUUGCUUGCAUUAGCCUUCACUAAUGAGAAAGGCAGACAUUUUCUCAUGUCUUGACUUAACGUGGAAACAGGGUAUAAAUGAACAAAAUGCAUGUCCGAGAUACCAAGCAGUGGUGUAGACGUUUCUGUUUACGCCUAAUGCUGUCUCGGCUGGGCAUCAUUGUUGCACUUAGAGUUUACAUUUUGAUGGGUAAGGAAAAAAGUAAAUCUUAUUUUGAAGCGAAAGACCUUCAAUCAGCGUCUUUCGGUAUGUGUUCAAACGAACAUUCAUAAAUAUAUAUUUAUUUGUUAUAGCCAGUUUAAAUACUUUCUUUUUUAUUAUUUAUCCCUCAUGUAUUUAUAUCGAGAAAGUGUACUUUUUUAGUAUUUACCUGUUAUAAGGAAAAGACAUUGUGUUCUUGUCAUUGUAACUAAUUUUGGUUAUUGUAUUUUUAGAGACACCUAGGUUUACGUUACCCUUGUACAUAAACGACUUGACUUGUACAGGGUGCGAGGCAAGGGAAUCAAACUGUUUCAGCAUAGUCGGAAAUUAGACAGUAUAGCGAAACUUUUUUUCUUUUUUAAGAAGAAACCUUCAUUUGUUCUUUGUAGUUACAUUGAUUUUCUUGUUAAGAGUUGGCUGUUGAACAAUUCUUUAAUAAAAUAUUAUGUUAAUCAUU